AUGCCAGACGACCAAGGGGCGUUUGAUUUUAAGAAUGAAAAGGUACAAGAUUUUGAAGGGAAAGGGAAAGAGGAUAGCAUUCAGAAUGAAGUCGAUGGUAAUGGGAUGGAAGCUUUAGAGACAUAUGAAGAGAAGCAAACUGAUCCGCGAACAACAAAUGAACUAAUUGAGGAUUUUGAAGUUCACCCAACAAAGGAUGUACAAUUUGAUAAGUUGGUUAAAUACUUACUUGACGGAGUAAAAUCAGAAAUGAUAAAGAAAGUUGAAGAAGGAUUAAAGAGCCAGAGCGAAGUGAAACAGUCGGAGGUUGAAGAGGAAGCCUUGGGUCAAAUAAAAAAGGAUGAAGGGGCUGGUAUGGAGGUUAAGCAAGAAAAUGAAGAAAAUGUCACUCGCCUGAAAAAAGUAAACACUUCGCCGCCCGAAGAAGCUAGGCACGGAAAUGAUGAAGGCUUGAAGAAAGAGAAAGAAAUCUUUCAAAAUGAAGGACACCAACUUUUGGAGAAAGCAAAAGAUAAUGACAACAAAAUUGUUGAUAUCAGAGAGGAAAAUGCUGUAAAAAGUUUCAAAGCACCAGUUACCGGAUCAAAGGAGCCUAAACCAAAAGACCCUGAAUUGGAAGCCGUCAAAUCCAACCAGCUGAUAAAACGUGAAGUAGAUGAAGAAAAGACUGGCUUCGACACAAGAAACAAGCUUGUUCUUGAUGACUAUGAAGAUAAUGAUGAUGAUGAUGGCUUUAUGCCGAGAAAAUUGUUUUUCUUCAGCUUUUCUGAAUUUAAGAAAGAAGAAACCUGCGCUUAA